UCCCCUAAGAAACAAAACUAAAAGUAAUACGGGCGAGACGGCAGAAGGAGCCUGGUCCGCAGCCAUGGCUGACGCGUAUUCUUACCCUCUGCUCGUCGAGCUGGAAGAAAACAACAUCCCGAAAAWAARRAUCAAGCUGCUGAAGUACUUCAACAGCAAGAAGUCCUGCGGAGGAGACUGCGAGGUCGACUACGUGAAUGGCAGCAAGACGGCGGUGCUGCGCUUCCGCACAGAGCAAGACCAGAAAAAUGUGCUGAGGAAAGAGUCGCACCAGAUCCAGGCGGAUAAAGUUGUUCUGAACAUGACAGUUCGAUUCCCCCCAGAUGAGAAAACAGCAGCAGCAUCAUCAUCUCAGGUAAACGAGUUACAACCAAAUGCUCUUUAUAUAUUCUAUGAUCAAAUGUCAGGAGUUAAAAGGCUGUCUAUUGAUGGAGCUCAGAUAAUGAAACAAAAACUGGAGCUGAUUUACUCUGCAGCCAAAGUUCAGACGGAGGCCAAAGGCAGAGACGAUGCAGCAGCAGAUGAAACGCUGUGUUCCACCUCGGCUGUUUUAGGGAAUAUUCCAAAAGAACUGAGCCUGGAGUUUUUGGAGAUGUUGGUGGAGAAUGUUUUAAAGGAUCCCAAAUCCCCAUCUGCCUCAUUCACGUUGGAAAUCAUUCAUGGCAUCUCCUCUGUUGUGGUUACUUUCCAGAGUGGAAAAGAAAGCACUGACUUUGUGGCAAGAUGCCCUMAAAACAGGAUGUUCGCAAGUAAGGGAUUGUCAGUCCRGCCUCUUGAAGUCACAAAGCAAGUUGUGGUGGAAGACAUCCAAAAUUUAAAUGAAGAUCUUCUCUACCUGUAUUUCGAGAAUGCUGGUGGGGAUGUGGAAAAUGUUCUGCUUAAUGAAGUGGAACAGUUUGCACUCAUCACCUUCAAAGACAAUCAAGCUGUUCAGAAASUCAUGAAGAAGAAGCAUCACAUCAAACAGGAAGAGAUCAAAGUUUAUCCUUUCUAUUCCUCUUUGGGAGCAGCCCUCUACGGCAAAGACAGGCCCYCCUUAAAACUCCCUGCAGCUGUCUAUGAACCCAUUGACAAUGCUGUGUGGAGAUACCUGAAUGACCAUAAAUCAGCAGCAGAGUCCAUUCACAGGGACUUAGCUAAAAACYUUUGUAAUGUAAAACUCGAAGGAUCUGCUGUGUGCUUGAGCCCAGUAGUUUCAAUUCUUCGGCAAAAAGAUGCCAAAGCCAUCAUUGAAGAGUGGAGGGGUAGAGUGAAGUCAGCCUUUGCACAAGCUAUGUUGAAAUUCAAAUCCCUGAAGUUUCAGCCAGAUUCAGAGGUAUGGGAAGAGUGUGUGGGGAAUAUCAGACAAAUGCUUCAGAAUCAGGAUGUGGAUUUAGUGCCAGAUAAAGCCAGUGGCAUCUUGUCAGUAGUUGGCUUUGUGGAUGAUAACCUGAGAGGACAGCUCAAGCCUGGAGACUGUGUCAUUAGUAAUGCUGGAGGACAGCUUUGUUGCAAAAAGAUUAUCCAUGCAUUUGGACCUGUGUUUGAUCCAUCUAUACCUCAGAAGUCUCUGGCACAGUUGAAAAGAGCUGUUAAAGGAAGCCUGGAACUUGCUGAAAAGCAUGGCUGCAUCACUGUGGCACUGCCGACCAUCAGUAGAACCAAAGGCUUUCCUCUUGAUGUGUGUGCACUGACCAUCGUCAAAGCAGUGAAGGAACACUGUGAUGAGAAAUAUAAUGACAACACCUUGAAGAAGAUCCAUUUGGUGAACAAUGAAGAUGCUGCUGUUCAGGCUAUGGAGAAAGCUGUCAAAAACGAAUUUGGAAAUGGUGGUGUCAGUCUUCAAACAACAUCUCCAAGUCUGACAUAUGCUAAAUCUACCUCAUCUGACCCAAACUGCUUGGGUCAAGUGACAACCACAGAAGGCUUGAAUAUCACUCUCACUAAAGGAAACAUCGAGAAUGCCACGACUGAGGUGAUUGUGAACACUGUGCCAACGGAUCUUUCACUGAACAACGGGGCAGUUUCAAAUGCAAUACUGCGCGCAGCUGGACCCAAACUUCAGCAGUUGAUAAAUGCACAGAAGGCCAAAGGAAAUAUUGGCGAGAUCAUUGUGACAGACGGCUGCCAACUGAAGAGCAAGAAAGUCUUUCAUGCAAUUGCACCUUCAUGGACCAAGGGACAAGGCGCAACUGAAAAGGUCUUGAGUGCCAUUUUCAAGAAUUGCUUGGACAAGGCAGAGGACACUGGCCUGACCUCCAUUGCUUUACCUGCUGUCGGCACUGGAAACCUUGGUUUCCCAAGAGACCUAGUCGCCUCUUUGAUGUUGACUGAAAUCUCAGCGUUUAGCAUGAAAAAACCUAAACACCUGAAGGAGGUUGUCAUUGUCCUUUACGCAGGCGAUGUGCAGACUAUCCAGGCCUUUGGAGAUGAAUUUGAUAAGGAGUUCCCCAGUGCCUCACGUGGUCCAGCAUCCACAGGUUCCCCACAAAACACUGGUCCCUUCUCAAAUGUUGUCUCGAGCACUGGAAUGCAUGAGACCAAAAUGGGAAGCGUCACCAUACAKKUGGUCACAGGAGACAUAACCAAGGAGACCAGUGAAAUCAUUGUCAACUCCUCCAAUGAAAACUUUUCUCUUMAKUCAGGUGUAUCCAAGGCUAUUCUAGAGGCAGCUGGUCAGGCUGUUGAAGCAGAGUGCCAAGCCCUUGGUGCCCAGCUCAACCYRGGCAUGAUAAUGACCAAUCCAGGUAACCUAAGGUGUAAGAAGAUCCUCCACGUGAUCGGACRGAGCGACCCAGUAAAAAUCAGAGCGGUUGUGAAAGAUGCACUUCAGUUGUGUGUGAAAAAUGGCUAUGCCUCUGUCUCAUUUCCUGCCAUUGGCACUGGUCAAGGCAAAGUGCAGGCAAGACAAGUGGCAGAUGCCAUGUUAGAUGCAGUGAUCGAUGUGUUGAGCCAAUCCACUCAUGGCUCCCUGAAGACAAUUCGGAUAGUUAUUUUCCAACCACCGAUGCUGAAAGACUUCCACAGCAGUAUGCAACACAGAGGACAAAGCGCUGMCAGUAAACCCAAUGAUAAGGRUASUGGGUGGUGGMGCAAACUCAAAUCAUUAUUUGGGAGUGGAACUGCUGACAAGCCACAGAAAGAUGGAGACUUUGUCAUCAAGGCGGUGGCAGUCGACCCGGCUUGCUUCCACAUCUGCGGCGACACACAGGCCAAAGUGGACUCAGCCAAGCGGUGGAUCAAUGAUCUGAUUACCAAAGAUCAAAACACAAAUGCCAUUUUAGACACAGCCAUCCUCAGCUUUUCCACCACUGACUACCAGCACAUUAUUGACAUCCAGAAGACCGUGGGCGUGAGCAUCAGGAUCGAAAGCAAGCAAGGCCAAGCCUCAUUAACAAUUGAGGGAUUCAGCCAAGAUGUACUCAAAGCCACCACAGAGAUCCAUAGAAUGCUGAAAAAAGUGAGGGAUGAGGAAGACCUGAAGAAGGGCGUGGAGCUGGCAAGCACAGUUGCGGACUGGCAGUACCAGCAGCAAGGGCUCCGGUAUCUAAGCUUUGAUCCAGUGACAAACUUCCAGCUUGAGCAAGCAUUGCAAAAGAAUCUGACAAGUGUAAAAGUCAACGUCCAGGGUCAAGACUACAUUGUCACUAUGCCAAAUGGACCAGCCACCGACAGACAGGGAUGCACAUUGCAGAUAAAGAGAAUUGACAAACUGAAAGAUGAAGUACCCGUGCACUGGGAUGCUAUGCCACCCAACACUUCGUGUCUGGCUGUCCCAAUCCAGGCUGGAACAGCAGAGCACAUUGAAGUCCUGAGUCUUUUCCAGGCCUCGUGCAACCGAACUGUUAUCAAGAUUGAGAGGAUCCAGAACCCUAUGUUGUGGAAGAGCCUACAGAUCAAGAAGCGGGACAUUGAGCAGCGAAACGGUCAUUCAAACAACGAGAGGCGUCUGUUCCACGGCACCAUCGAAGCCAUAGUGAACACGAUUAAUGAACAUGGCUUCAACAGGGCUUACGCAGGAAAGAAUGCUGCCUGUUUUGGCAACGGCACAUACUUCGCUGUCAACGCCAGCUACUCUGCCCAGGAUACAUACUCCAAGCCGAAUCCAAAAGGGGAAAAAUGCAUGUACCUCUGUCAAGUGCUGACCGGGGAUUACACGCUUGGACAACAAAACAUGAUCGUACCACCAGCCAAGGGCAACACAUCCUUUCAGAAGUACGACAGUGUCGUGGACAACGUGAAUAAUCCAAGCAUGUUCAUCAUCUUCCAUGACACUCAGGCUUAUCCUGAGUAUUUGAUCACAUUCCAGUAACAAAACUAUGUUCUGACAUAACAAAGACCGUAUGCUUCAACAUUUUGUAUUGAGUUAAAAAAUGAAAUGAGUCUUUGUUUAACAUCGGCUGAAUAAUAGUAUUUGUUUUCCCAACUGCUUUAGGGAUUUGGUUAAAGAAGUUAUUUGGUUAUUAAGUAAUAGAGUCAGGAAUCAGAGCCACAGAGUGCCUUGAAAAAUUAACCAUAGAAUGAUCACACAAGGAGAACUUUAACAUGAAAAGAAAAGUGAAUGAUUGCUCACAUAUUUUUGUUUUUGCCUGUUAUGCUUUGUAUAAUCAAACUGAUAAUUGAGUGGGGAGAAUGAUGGACCUGCUCUCCUACAGGAUAUCAUGUGAUACAAACAGAUUUUGUAAUUCAGGUUAGCAAUCACUUUUGGUUUUGAGAGUAAUAAGGAAGUUGACUGCUGUUCCAAUAAACAGGGUGAACAGAUAAAAGUUCAUAUGAGCACACUUGCAUGUUAAGCAUUUUCUUUAUCUGAUUUAGACUUGAUAAGUCAACCUUUACAGUUGUGUGCAUUUUUGUUCAGUUUAAAUAUUCAAAUUAAGAUUGCAUGAUAUAAUAUGUCAAACCCCUCUCCACAUUGUUGAGGAAUUUUUGUAUAUUCUCACACAUUACUGUAUAAGUCACUGUAUACCAUAUUAUGUGCAUAUAGUGACUAUUACAUUAUAUCUGUACACAAUUAAGAGAAGAGUGCCUGACUAAUUCAACAAAUCCCCCCUUCUCUCUCUAAACAGUACCCAAGGUCAGGUUAUAGAUAAACAGUGCAUUGUAGUGUCUACGCUUGGAGACAUUCAUAUCUAACUCAGAUGCCCCAGACAGAGAUGCACCAACUUUAACUCUUGCGUAUUACACCCGUAUCCAAUAGGAUGCAAACACCUACAUGUUGCAUAGAAAGUGAACGCAAUUCUAGCCAUUCAUGGAUGUGCUAUUAGAAUGGGUGACACAAGUAGAGGAAGAUAUAUGGGGAUACUGUGUGAGGACAUCUUCAGACUUGGGGGUGACAGUUGCUCAUGUUACUCUGUUACUGUUUGUAUAUUGCUGCACCUUCUGGUCUCCUUGAUGCAUC